AAGUAUGGCGCUUUAACUGCAGUUACAGUCCUCAGCAUAUUUCUGCUGAGGAAGUGGAUUGCGGGUGGGGUCUGCUGCAGCCAAACCCGCCUGUAUGGGAAGAUAGUGUUAAUUACUGGUGCCAAUACUGGUAUUGGGAAGGAGACAGCAAAAGACAUGGCCCUUAGAGGUGCACGGGUGGUAAUGGCAUGUCGGGACCUGACCCGGGGAGAGAAGGCCGCGGCUGAGAUACGACGGUCAACCCGGAAUGGGAACGUUGUGGUGCGGCACUUAGACUUGGCCUCCCUGUACUCUGUCAGGCAGUUUGCCAAGGAAUACAUUGCCACCGAGGACCGGCUGGACAUACUUAUCAACAAUGCUGGUGUUAUGAUGUGCCCCAAAUGGCUGACAGAGGAUGGCUUUGAGACACAACUAGCUGUCAAUCACCUGGGGCAUUUUCUGUUGACCAAUCUCCUCCUGCCAAAAAUAAAGCUCUCAGCUCCCAGUCGUGUUGUGAAUGUGUCCAGCAUAGCGCACAGGGGCGGAAAGAUCCACUUUGAUGAUCUUAGCUUUGAAAAGACACCAUACAGCGCAGUGGCUAGCUACCGGCAGAGUAAGCUGGCCAAUGUGCUUUUCUCCAGGGAACUGGCACGGCGGUUGAAAGGCACGGGGGUCACGUCAUACAGCCUGCACCCUGGGGUGAUCCGCACCGAGCUGAGCCGACACGUGGAGACGUGGUUCCCCCUGCUGAAGGCACUGCUCACCGCUCCCUCCAUCCUCCUGAUGAAGACCGCCAGAGAGGGCGCCCAGACCUCCAUUUACUGCGCCGUGACUGAGGGACUGGAGGACAGGUCAGGGUGCUACUUCAGUGACUGCGCUGUGAAGGAGCCUGCUGCUGAGGGGAGAGAUGACCUGGCAGCCCUGAGGCUGUGGGAGGUCAGCUCACGACUGGUGGGCCACACAGAAGAGCACUGA